GCUGACGCGUUGGUGGUGCCUAUUAAUCAUUCACCAGCCCAGAGCCGCGCCAGUUAAUGGCUGUGCCGCGCGGGGUUCCAGCCUCCCGGCUUCCCCUCUCCACGCUCGCUUGUGUCCCGGCGCCCCGGAGCGGCAAGCGGUAGCGCGCAGGCAGCCGCUGGGCGAUGCGCCCCGCCGGCGCCGGCAGGAGCCGCGCUCCCGGAAGCCGCUGUGCUCUACCCGGAGCUGCCGGGCGGCUGUGAGCUGCGGGCGAGGGUCGGGUGCCGAGGGAGGGCGCAGGCGGCGGGGGCGCGAGGAGAGCGCCCCGGCCCGGACAGCCCACCGGCGCCCUCACCUAGGAUGUUCCCCAAUGGCACCGCCUCCUCUCCUUCCUCCUCUCCUAGCCCCAGCCCGGGCAGCUGUGGCGAAGGCGGCGGCAGCAGGGGCUCCGGGGCCGGCGCUGCGGACGGCAUGGAAGAGCCGGGGCGAAACACGUCCCAGAACGGGACCUUGAGUGAGGGCCAGGGCAGCGCCAUCCUCAUCUCGUUCAUCUACUCCGUGGUGUGCCUGGUGGGGCUGUGUGGGAACUCCAUGGUCAUCUACGUGAUUCUGCGCUACGCCAAGAUGAAGACGGCCACCAACAUCUACAUUCUGAACCUGGCCAUUGCCGAUGAGCUGCUCAUGCUCAGCGUGCCCUUCCUGGUCACCUCCACGCUCUUGCGCCACUGGCCCUUCGGCGCGCUGCUCUGCCGCCUCGUGCUCAGCGUGGACGCGGUCAACAUGUUUACCAGCAUCUACUGUCUGACUGUGCUCAGCGUCGACCGCUACGUGGCCGUGGUGCACCCCAUCAAGGCGGCCCGCUACCGCCGGCCCACCGUGGCCAAGGUGGUGAACCUGGGCGUGUGGGUGCUGUCGCUGCUCGUCAUCCUGCCCAUCGUGGUCUUCUCGCGCACUGCCGCCAACAGCGACGGCACGGUGGCCUGCAACAUGCUCAUGCCCGAGCCCGCCCAACGCUGGCUGGUGGGCUUCGUGUUGUACACAUUUCUCAUGGGCUUCCUGCUGCCCGUCGGGGCCAUCUGCCUGUGCUACGUGCUCAUCAUCGCCAAGAUGCGCAUGGUGGCCCUCAAGGCCGGCUGGCAGCAGCGCAAGCGCUCAGAGCGCAAGAUCACUCUAAUGGUGAUGAUGGUGGUGAUGGUGUUUGUCAUCUGCUGGAUGCCUUUCUACGUGGUGCAGCUGGUCAACGUGUUCGCCGAGCAGGACGACGCCACGGUGAGCCAGCUGUCGGUCAUCCUGGGCUAUGCCAACAGCUGCGCCAACCCCAUCCUCUACGGCUUCCUCUCGGACAACUUCAAGCGCUCUUUCCAGCGCAUCUUGUGCCUCAGCUGGAUGGACAACGCCGCGGAGGAGCCAGUCGAUUACUACGCCACUGCCCUCAAGAGCCGCGCCUACAGCGUGGAAGACUUCCAGCCCGAGAACCUGGAGUCCGGCGGCGUCUUCCGGAAUGGAACGUGCACGUCCCGGAUCACGACGCUCUGAGCCCGGGCCACGCAGGGGCCCUGCGCCAGGGGAGAGGGAGGACGAGGAGAAGGGGAGGCGGGGUGCGAGAGAAAACGGUAUCCGGAGCGCCAGGGUGCGUGGGAGUGCUAUGGGGCUAGGUCACCGCGCGCCUCGGACACGCGACAAAGGUCGAAUUGACAGCUUUGCUUAUAAACUGGGAAGGCUUUAGGGUCACCUUUUCCGCCCCCCACUUUCGGCUCCUUCCUCCACUGGUCUUGUUCCUCUGACCCUUCUAUCCUCCCCUUCCUGCAACUCUGAUCCUUCCUCCCGCACCGUCCCGCGGUACAGAUGACGAACUCAUUAACAUCCCAACUCAGUCUGAUCCGCAGUCGGUCCUUCCGGCUGGUAUUUCUGCUUGUUUAAGCUGAGCUCCGCUUACCGCCACGGGCUUCCCUCACGGUGAGUCCCCAGCUCGCCCUCCGCCCCGCCCUGCCGCGCUCGUCCGCCGGCCGGGUUCUGCCUGCUGCCCCUAGCGGAGUCCCGGGAACGACCGCUCUCGCCUUGCGCAGCCCUACUUGACGCGAAGUCAGACUUGAGCGUGAACCAGGCAGCUGCUGGGCUUUCCUCCCACUCCAGGGUGAAUGUGCGUCCUUCCCCCGCCUCUGCGCCACCCCCAUUCCACCCUUAGCGGAGCCAGGUGCUUAGAGAACUAGGUCCCGCGCUUCCAAUGCCGACCUUUCUGCAGUCCCCAUCCAAGCCCUCCUUUGGAGCUAAAAGGAGCUGAGAACAAGUCGAACGAGGAGUUUUUAGAAGGUUUCGAUGCUUGGAGGGGGACGGGGAGUGGGGGGCGGUUAAUAGAAGCCACUCUCCCGCCGGGCUCAGAAAGGGGGCUCUCGGUUUCAAAGACUGAGCGCUGGGCGCUCCCGGGGCCGCACGUCUGCAUCGGGCGGGGUCGGGCAGGGCAGGGCACGCUUUCCCCGGGGGCCGCCUGGAUGCGCGGCUGCAGCUCCGGGUGGCUUUCUUUUUCACCGGAGCUUUGUGAAGGAGCAGACCUAUGAGUAACAACAGACUCAGUUUCCUGCUCCUGUACCGGGGCCGGACCUAGGGUGACACCUUCAGGGGCUUGGCCAACACUAGCCGUGUGACCACAGUCUGCAGGCUCCGGAGAGGGGCCUGCCUGGCCCCCGAGGGUUGCUGCCUUUCAAGCGGUGCCUAAUAAGUUAUUUUCUUGUUUAACGUAUUUAUUUAUUUAUUUAUUUGUAGUGUUGGGAAAUGUGUCUCUUCUUUUCUCUACUUGCCUAGUCCCUGGUCUUUUCUUCAGGACCCUGGGGGGUGGGAGUGGAAGUGGGAGUGCGGGAAAGUUCCAUCUUUACCCAAAACCUCUCUUUGCUGGGCCCUCUUUUCUUAUCCUUUCCUCUAGACUUUCUAUUUUUGCUUGUGUCCAGUGAAGUUUGGAGAUUUUUCAUACUUUUCUUAUUCUAGUCUCUUAUUUGUCCUAUAAUAAUAAUAAUUAAUAAAUGGUAAUGUGGUUAGGCCCCUCUCCGUGCAGAGUGGAAACUCCUGAAGUCCUGGCUUUUCAGAACACAUAUACAGGGGAAACAUCACCUUAUAUAUGAUUUGAUAUAUAUAUAUCAUGUGCAAAUAUUUUAUGUGUGUAUAUAUAUAUAUAUUUGUUUAUCUUUCUCCAUUGUCAUAUGUCCAUGGAACAAUUCCAAGUACAGCCACUAACAAUAACAGGUGUGAAUCUGGCUGGAACAUUCAGUUUGGGGAGUUCAAACAGCAGUCAAACCUGAAGCUGGGAAAUCUAAUUCAGACAGAGACUUUAAUCACUGCUGGGGAUGUCCCUGCUUCCUCUAGGUUCGAGCAGAGGUGAUUCUUAUGUACAAUCCAGUUAACAUCACUUCUUUUGAGGAUACUGAAGUGGAAUAAUUUGUGUCUGUGUUUAAUCUUACCAACUACAUGGAAGCCUGAGCAGGGCGAGGACCAAUACUUUCACUUUGUAUUUCUUGUAUUGCUUUAGUAUGCUGGUUAUACAUAGUAGGCACUGAAUACAUGUUUAUUGGUUGAUUGCUUAAGUAAGCCAGAGUGUAUUACAAUGAUCUGGAGAUAGUAAAUCUGGGGUUCUCAGGUUCUCUCAUUGACAAUGUUUGAAAUCGCUAUUGAAAAGGUGUUUUGUGUAUAUUUGCUUCAAGAAAUUUGUGCUUUCCUGAAAGCAGUAACCAAGGGUUAAAAUGUCCCUAAUGUUUUGUUUAAACUAAUGAACAAAUAAGCUUUUGGCCAUAAAUCAUAAAGUUUAGAUCUGUCCCUUAAUAAUAAUAUUUAUUAUUACUCCUCUGGAAAAUAGAUUUUUAAUGGUUAAGAACAGUGAAAUUUCCAAAUCAAAAUCUUGAUCAUCCCUAAGAGGAUACAAAUCUAGUGUUCUUAAUCUGUUACUGUUGUAAUAUUAACUAAAUAAACACAUGUAUUAUGCUGUUGCAA